CCUGGUAGAAAUCAUCAUUAUCCUAAAUUCCUAAUUAGAUUCACAAAACCCCAAAUCCGCCAUUGCAGAUCUCUGUUCCUACCUCCACAAACCACCAUCAAAUCGCAAUUUUUCAUUACGGCAUUGAUACUCUGAAACAAAUCUUGUCUCCAAGGGCUUCCAAAUCUCACUUUACUUCAACUUCAAUACUUCAUGUACCCCAUUUCCCAAUGUAAUGUGAUUAGACUAGGGUUUUUAGUCUGAGCAGAAAUUCCCAUCAACUUGAUCUCCGUCCCUAUCCGGGGUGAAGAUGGCGGUUAAGAGGGGGAAUUCAAUCGCGGGUGUUCGCAGGAACAAUGGAGGAGGUGGAUCUUGGAUGUCAAUUGUGAUUCUUGUGAUAUUUCUAGUUCUUGCUCCUGUUGGCUUCUUCGUUGGGUGUAGGAUUACUUCAACUGAUCAAAAUGAUUUUUCAACUACUAUUAGCAAAGAGGAUGUAGAUUGGAGAGCAAAGCUGGCUUUUUUGCACGUCAAAUCUCUUUUCUCGAAGGAGGUUAUUGAUGUCAUCAAGGCCAACACAGAUGAUUUAGGACCUUGGAGCCUUGAUUCUUUUCGGAAAAACAACUUGUCAGCUUCUUGGAAAAUUUCCGGGCUAGAAAAUGUGAUCGAUGAUAAUUCCUCUUCUACUGAGAUUACGGAAGCUAACAGAAAACGGAUCACAAUAAGCAAACAGGAGAAAAUUUUAGAUGCAGGUCAUUCUCAAUCUGUCGAUACGCCUGCAAAACUAGCAAGAAGGCAACUGAGAGAUAAAAGACGUGAAAACCGAGCAGCUGAUUUAGUGAAACAAGAUGAUGAUGUGAUCAUAAAGCUUGAAAAUGCAGCCAUUGAACGUUCGAAAUCAGUCGACUCUGCCGUUCUUGGGAAGUACAGUAUUUGGAGAAAAGAGAACGAUAAUGAGAACACUGAUACAACUGUCCGCUUGGUUCGGGAUCAAAUGAUCAUGGCGAGGGUAUAUAAGAGCAUUGCAACGAUGAAAAACAAGACCGAAUUGGCACGUGAACUACAAAAUCAACUUAAAGAAAGUCAACGUGCUUUAGGAGUUGCCACUGCAGAUGCUGAUCUUAAUCGGAGUGUACCGGAGAAAAUCAAAGCUAUGGGCAAACUACUGUCGAAAGCUAAAGAUCAGCUUUACGAUUGCAAGAUGGUCACCGGGAAGCUGAGAGCUAUGCUUCAAUCAGCCGACGAGCAAGUUCGUAGCUUGAAGAAGCAGAGCACGUUUUUGAGCCAGUUAGCAGCCAAAACGAUCCCAAACGGAAUCCAUUGCUUAUCGAUGCGCCUAACCAUAGAUUAUUACCUUCUUCCACCGGAGAAGAGAAAGUUCCCGAGGAGUGAGAAUCUUGAGAAUCCAAGUCUCUAUCACUACGCUCUCUUCUCGGAUAACGUCUUGGCUGCAUCAGUUGUUGUGAACUCAACUGUCAUGAAUGCUAAGGAACCAGAGAAACAUGUUUUCCAUCUCGUCUCCGAUAAAUUAAACUUCGGAGCGAUGAAUAUGUGGUUUUUACUGAACCCGCCUGGUAAAGCUACGAUCCAUGUGGAAAAUGUUGACGAAUUUAAGUGGCUGAAUUCAUCGUACUGUCCAGUUCUUCGACAACUCGAAUCUGCUGCAAUGAAGGAAUACUAUUUCAAAUCGGAUCAUCAAACGACUCUUUCUGCUGGUUCAUCCAAUUUGAAGUACCGAAACCCGAAGUAUCUUUCAAUGCUGAAUCACCUUCGGUUUUAUCUCCCCCAGGUUUAUCCCAAGUUGAACAAAAUCCUUUUUCUUGAUGAUGAUAUCGUUGUUCAGAAAGACUUAACGGGGUUGUGGAGAGUUGAUCUCCAAGGGAAAGUGAACGGCGCCGUUGAAACGUGUGGAGAAAGCUUUCAUCGUUUUGAUAAGUACUUAAAUUUCUCGAAUCCUCAUAUUGCAAGAAACUUUGAUCCCAAUGCUUGCGGAUGGGCUUACGGGAUGAACAUGUUUGAUCUCGAGGAGUGGACAAAGAAGGAUAUAACCGGCAUAUACCACAAAUGGCAAAAUAUGAAUGAAGAGAGGGUUCUAUGGAAGCUAGGAACUUUACCACCCGGGCUGAUGACAUUUUAUGGUCUAACACAUCCACUCGACAAAUCAUGGCACGUACUCGGUCUCGGGUACAAUCCAAGCAUCGAUAAGAACGAGAUCGAGAAAGCGGCCGUGAUUCACUACAACGGAAACAUGAAGCCGUGGCUCGAGUUGGCAAUGACAAAGUACCGGCCGUAUUGGAUCAAGUACAUAAAGUUUGACCAUCCUUACAUCCGGGGGUGUAAGCUCGGUCAAUGAAAAAGGUACCGUCGUUUUCCGCUCGUUGUUGAUCCUCGGAAACCGUUCGGUUUUUAAAUUUUUUACAUCGCGAUCGACUUGUUUACCACUCGUGUAUGCAACUUGUGUUUUCUUUGUGUUUGUUUUGGAAAUAGGUGUAAGUGAAGAAGAUGAUAGAUUGAGAGAAUCUUCUUGUUGAUUUUAUACAAAAAAAAAAUUGAAGUGUAAAUGUGAAUUUGAAUGUGAAUAUAAACCUUUUGAAAA